UCCAUUCUGCCAGUCAUGCGGGGCUUCCAGGGGCCUCUGGCUGGGGGAGGGGGAGGGAUUGCAGGCGGGCAGCCCUCGCUUCCCCCGCGCCUCUGCGGGAAGGGGCUACCCAACUUGGCGCUUCCGGAGGAAGGGGCGUGCAGAGCCCACACUCCACUCCGGAAAGCGGGCGGGAUCUUUUCCGGGGGUGGGCGCCCCUCUCCGCCCGGCGAAGCCCCUUCCCCACGCGGGGAAAUCGGCCCAUUUCCGGGACGAAGGGGGUCCCCCCGGCAGCCCUUCGCCAACUUCAGCCGCCGAAGCCACGUCGGAGCUGCCCGCCAGGCGAGAGAGGCCAACGUUCCUCUGCCCCGCCGACCGCCGCCGCCCCCCGCCCCCCGCCCCAGCCAGGCACGGCCGGACGGCCCCGCCGCAGCCCAGAACUUGCGGUUUCUUCGGGGCGGAGACGAGCCGGGAGCGGCGCCGCCGCCUCGUCCGCCCGCCCGCCCCCGUCUCCCUGCCGGGCAGCGCGGGUGGCGGGCCGGGCCGGGCCGGGCCGGGUCGGGCGCGGGCCCAGACAACAAAGGCGGCCGCCCGGCAGAAGAGUCUCCUUCAACUGCCUCUACCACACCUGAUUCUACAGAUGGAGCCAAUGAGGAGUCUGACUUCCCUGAACUGCAGACAGCUCUGGAGUUUUCGGAGGAGGAGGAAGAGGAGGAGGGCUCUGUGGAAUGGGGGACCCCCCGAGAGCUGACUUUUUCCUACAUCACCAUUGCCACGCCCUCUGGCAGCAGCCCCAGUGCAGCAGAGCAUCGGGGCAGACGUGACUCCCAGACCCGCCGGACGAGGGCUUCGCUGCCCCGCACGGAGACUUGUGAAACUUUUGUGCCCACCCUGGGGGACAGUUUGGAGAACAUUCCCAGCCUCUGCCCAUCUCCAGAGGCAGAGGGGGCCCUCCUCUCAGGCACUGGCCAAGGACUGGAUGACUUUCCAUUGGACUGGGCUUCCCGGGUGGGCUGUGGCAGUGACCUGGAUGCGGCUGAAGGGGAGGAACAGGUGUCUUCCUGUCCCAUGCCCCCAUCUCCAGCAGUGGAGAUGGAAGGAGGUAGCAGCACAGCUUGCUCAGGAACAGAUGACCCCAGGGAGACCCUCUCCCUGCCUGCUGCCUUAGUCUCCCACUCCGAAGCAGGCGCCUCCUGCGGUGCUGACACCCCCCAAGACCGAGCACUGACCUCAGCAGAGUUCUGCCAACCACCCCCACCUGAGGAAGAAGAAGAGGGGCCCGGCCAGGAACCCCAUCCUGAGCAGUUCCACGUUGAACCAGACCAGUCCGAGAACGUCCUGAACAUCCUAGUGGCCGACUUGGUGUACUGGCGGGACACCCGCAAAUCGGCCUUGGCGUUCACGGCGCUGAUGGUGGCCCUGCUGUGCCUGAUGCAUUUCAGCAUCAUCAGCGUGGCCUCCUACCUCUCCCUGGCCGCCCUCGGCAUCACCAUCUCGCUCAGGGGAUACAGCAAGGUGCUGCAGCUGGUCCGCCGAGGAGACGGGCACCAUCCCUUCCAGGCCCAGCUGGAUGCAGACUUCGGGCUGUCCAAAGAACAGCUGGAGCGGUUGACUGAACGGGUAGUGCAUCAUGUCACCUGGGGCACAAAGACUCUGCAGCGCCUUUUCUUGGUAGAUGACAUGGUGGAGUCCCUCAAGUUUGCUUUUUUGUUCUACGUCCUCACCUACGUGGGAGCUGUUUUCAAUGGUCUGACGUUGCUUAUACUCGGUGUGAUAAGUGCAUUUACCUUCCCUCUGCUCUACAGGCAGCAUCAAGCACAGAUCGACCAGUAUGUAGGGCUGGUGAGGAACCAGUUAAGUAACCUCAGAGCAAAGAUGCUGGCCAAAUUGCCAACAGCAAAAGCGAAGGCAGAAUGAAGGGUCUUGGUGGUGGUUCUCUUCCCUGUGCACAUAGAUGCAAACAACAAUGCACACCCUGCUUCUUCUUCUUCUUCCUCCUCC